UUCGCCGAUGCGACAGGGCCCUGACAGGACAAGCUUGACUCCGUCUAUCGUCAGCCGUAGAAUGGCUCCAUGCUCCGCCUAGGCACACGCUUGCGCAACUGUAGGUCAAGCACGCAAGCCAGUCCUCUUGCAUUCGUGUUGCAAGCGGAACAUCGGGUGGUCAGGAAGCCCUGGCAACGCUCUCGUUCGACAGGCGAGCCCGGGUCAGACAGCGUCAGCUCGAGUCACUACACUACGACUGAACAGCUAGAAGCUCUGCCAGCGUCAGACUUCUUGCAGAAAGACGGGAGAGAUAGAUCGCACAUCCGUACAGAAGCCGAGCUCCUCCAGUCCGUCCCUCGAUUUAGGACAGUCACACGACAGGAACACCGAGCCCGAAUAGAAUCCUUGCAACGACCUACAGCUCCGAUAGAUACGAUGGGUGCCGUCGUCAAGCCGGGUGGACCGGUCAAGACGAACGACCGCAUCAAAGCGCUUAGAUCACUCCUCGCUCAGCACGCCCUGACCGCAUAUGUUGUGCCUGCGGAAGAUGCUCAUGCAAGCGAGUACAGCUGCGCGGCAGACAAGCGCCGUGAAUUCAUCUCUGGCUUCUCGGGCUCCGCGGGCACCGUCGUCGUCACCGAGAAGGAGGCCUGUCUCUUCACAGAUGGCCGAUACUUCCUACAGGCAUCUCAACAGCUCGAUACAGACUGGACGCUCAUGCGAUCAGGCGAGCCCGAUGUACCGACAUGGCAGGAAUAUCUGGGAAAGCUACCGCCAAACGCUCAAGUCGGCAUCGACCCAACACUGAUCUCGGCCGCGGACGCAAAGACAAUCUCGGCCUCGCUCACAUCAAAGUCCUCGCAGCUCGUGUCCCUCGCUAAGAAUUUGGUGGACGAGCUGUGGACAGACCGCCCUCAGCGACCGGAGAACCCAUUGACGGUCAUCCCAGAUAGCUUAGCAGGACGCUCAGCGGCCGAAAAGAUUGCCAACAUGCGCAAAGAUCUCGAGAAGCGAAAAGCAGACGCACUCGUCGUGAGCAUGCUCGAUGAAGUAGCUUGGCUGUUCAAUCUGCGAGGCUCGGACAUUCCUUACAACCCAGUCUUCUUUGCCUACGCGCUCGUCACACCGAGCGAGGUCUCGCUCUUUGUCGAUGCAGACAAGGUGCCCGAAGAGGUCAAGCAUGAGUUGCCCACUGAAGUCUCUAUUCGACCCUACGAUGAGAUCUUCAGCCGACUCGAAGGUCUCGCAUCCAGCUUGCGGGAAGGUGCCAAGGUCGUGAUUGGCAAUAAGACAUCGCUUGCCUUGGCGACAGCUGCCGGUACUCAGAAUGUGGAUAUCGUCCAGUCGCCAAUCGCAGAAGCAAAGGCGAUCAAGAAUGAGGUAGAGCUCGAGGGGUUCAGGGAGUCGCACAUUCGCGACGGCGCAGCGCUCGUCGCUUACUUCGCCUGGCUCGAGGAACAGCUUGCAUCUGGCGCUGAGCUCAAGGAGUCGGCAGCUGCAGAUAAGCUAGAAGAUCUGCGUUCGAAGCUGCCGCGCUAUAAAGGCCUAUCCUUUACGACCAUCUCGUCUACGGGGCCAAAUGCUGCCAUCAUUCAUUAUUCGCCCGAUCCUGAGAGCUGCGCAACGAUCGACAAGGACCAAAUCUACCUCUGCGACUCGGGUGCUCAGUUCGAGGACGGCACCACAGAUGUCACGCGAACGCUCCACUUCGGUAAAGCAACCGAUGAAGAACGUCAUGCUUUUACGCGCGUAUUACAAGGUCAUAUCUCCAUCGACAGUGCCGUCUUCCCAAAAGGCACCACCGGCUAUGUACUCGAUGCCUUCGCGCGUCGUGCGCUUUGGGCAGACGGUCUUGACUACCGCCAUGGCACCGGUCACGGUGUUGGCCAUGCACUCAAUGUGCACGAAGGACCCGCCGGCAUCGGCACCCGCCUUGCUUACAACGAGACCGCUCUCAAAGCUGGCAUGGUCUUGUCAAAUGAACCCGGCUUUUACAAAGAUGGCUCAUUCGGCAUUCGAAUAGAGAAUCUCGUUAUAGUCAAAGACGUCAAGGCAAGGUACAAUUUCGGCAAUAAAGGGUCUCUCGGCUUUGAGCGCAUCACAAUGUGUCCCAUUCAGACGAGUCUGAUCGACAAGAGCUUGCUGACACCGCAAGAGGUUCAGUGGGUCAAUGAAUAUCAUAAGGAGGUACUGGAGAAGCUUUCGCCGCUCCUUAAGGACAGCGAUCCUCGCGCAUACAAGUGGCUGCAGAGAGAGACAAAGCCAUUUUGAUCCGU